CGCACCUUCGUGGCCGAGAAGAACAACGGCAAGCAGGUUCACAGGAUGGACCACCUCGCCUGCUUCGUGGGCGGCAUGCUCAUGCUGGGCAGCCGCACCCUGCCGACGGCCGAGGUGGACCCGUACUGGGAAACACUGGCUGCCGAGAUCGGGGAGACGUGCUACGAGAUGUACAGGCGCAUGCCCACGGGCCUGUCGCCGGAGUACGUGCUGUUCAAGCCCGAAGCCAGUGGCGAGAAGGCGGACAUGGUCACCCCGCAGGAUGCCCCGCACAACCUCCUCCGGCCCGAAGCCAUUGAGACGCUGUACUACCUCCACUACUACACCGGAGAUCCGAAGUACCGCCGCUGGGCUUAUGAGAUGUUCAGUGCGUUUCAGAAGCACUGCAAGACUCGCUUCGGAUACUCCGCGGUGGCCGACGUGCGCAAAGUCCCGGCGACGUUCAAGGACUCGCAGGAGAGCUUCUGGCUGGCGGAGACCCUGAAGUACUUCUACCUCAUCUUCGCGCCGAGGAACGCCCUGAGCCUCGAGGACGGCGGGCGCCGAGGGCACCGGCAAUACACAACGCGGGCGGCACGGCGCGGGUGCCGCUGCUGGCCCGAGCAGGUCUCCAGGGGAGGCGCCGGGUCUCGAGGGCUCUUGGAUUAA